UUUGUACCUAACCUAGCAUACAUAUGUGGUUGUAGUUGAAAGUUUAAGGCCUAACAAAUCAAUCUUCCUUGCAUUUAUAUGUGUUGAGUUUCUGUUCAAUUUCCAAUUCCAAAAACAAAGCUCUAGUUAUUUAUUAUUCAUCAUAUAUAGCUUAUGGAGGUGACAAAGCUCAUUGUUUUACCAGCAGUUUUGGCUCUCUUUGUCCUCUUUUUGCAUUUCAUCAAAAGAAUUAUCAAACUCAGAAAGCUUAAUCUUCCUAAAGGAACCUUAGGAUUUCCAUUUGUUGGAGAAAGCUUUGAAUUUCUAAAAGCAAAUCUUGAGGGAAAGCAAAUAAGGUUCAUACAAGAGAGAAUGAAGAAAUAUGACUCAAAAGUUUUCAAGACUUCAUUGUUUGGAGAGAAUAUUGCUGUGUUUUGUGGACCAGCUGGGAACAAAUUCUUAUUUAGUAAUGAAAACAAGAAUGUUCAAGUAUGGUGGCCUAGCUCAGUGAAGAAGCUGUUAAGGUUGUCUCUUGUUAAUAAGGUUGGUGAUGAAGCAAAAGUAACUAGAAGGUUGCUUAUGAGCUUUCUUAAUCCAGAAACACUUAGAAAUUACUUGCCUAAUAUGGAUAGGAUUGCUCAGCACCAUAUAAACACACAUUGGAAAGGGAAGGAGCAGGUUGUUGUCUAUCCUAUAAUACAGCUAUACACAUUUGAAUUAGCUUGUUGCUUAUUUCUAAGCAUGGAAGAUCCUAUCGAUGUAUCAAACCUUUCAUCAUAUUUUGAAGAAUUUCUAAAAGGGAUCAUUGGCUUCUCCAUCAACUUUCCUGGAACAAGGUUUCAUAAGGCAAUGAAAGCUGCAGAUGAAAUAAGGAAAGAAAUUAAAAUGAUUAUGAAGAAAAGGAAAGUGGAUUUGGAUGAAAAGAAGGCAUCACCUACACAAGACCUUUUAUCUCAUUUACUUGCUACACCAGAUACAAGUGGAAGGUUUUUGAAUGAAGUGGAGAUUAUUGAUAACAUAUUACUACUUCUUUUUGCUGGCCAUGACACUUCUAGAUCAGUACUAUCAUUGGUCAUGAAGUAUCUUGGAAAUUUGCCUCAAGUUUAUGAACAAGUGUUGAAAGAACAACUUGAAAUAAGCCAAGGGAAAGAGGCAGGGGAGUUAUUGCAAUGGGAGGAUAUUCAGAAAAUGAAAUAUUCUUGGAAUGUUGCUUCUGAAGUUCUGAGGCUGUCGCCACCUGUCGGUGGCGCUUUCAGAGAUGCUAUAAAGGAUUUUACCUAUGCUGAUUAUAACAUCCCUAGUGGAUGGAAGUUGCAUUGGAACACACAUACAACACACAUGGAUCCAACACUGUUUUCAAAUCCUGAAAAAUUUGAUGCUUCAAGGUUUGAAGGAGAAGGGCCAACACCUUAUUCAUAUGUUCCAUUUGGAGGAGGACCUAGAAUGUGUUUGGGACAAGAGUUUGCUCGGUUAGAGAUACUUGUUUUUAUGCAUAAUAUUGUGAAACGUUUCAAAUGGGAUUUAGUUAAUCCUGAUGAGAAGUUCAAGUAUGAUCCUAUGCUAGAGCCUGAAAAUGGACUUCCAAUCCAACUUCAACCUUCCCAAUACACAUGGUAAUAAUAUAAAUUGAUAAGAAGCUUUAUAUAUGAAGUUUUCAUCUUCUUAUAUGGUAUUAAAAUGUUAUUUCAUUUUGUAUCUACUUCCACAAAGUGUUGGUUUCAAGAUAACGUUCUUUAGUGAGGCUUUGUCACGGUAAUAUUAUUGCAACAAUGUUAGUAAGUAUAGUUAGAUACGAAAUAUAUGUAGAAAUGAAUAACCAAAUAUGGUGUUCCAAAA